AUGGGCAAAAUCCAAGACACGGACGACAAGAAGAAGAAGAGGCCACGUCGAGGCACCAAUACCAGUGAUGGCAGCACAACAGGGGAUGUGUUGGAGUUGAUUCGAGAACAUCAACGGGGGAGCACCGAUGAGGAAAUCAAGGCGGCCGCCAAGACAGGCCAGACGCCCAUGGCACCAGGAGAAACAACCACUCGAAGACGACCUCCUCGCAAGACACGCUCGACACCCGUGACGGCCCGCGAAGCCGAACUCAUGAGGACAUCCACAACGGCAAGACGACGACGAAGACCGACCACCAGUGGUAGACCCUCCGUGAGAACUUCAACCAGUACAGCUACUAGAAGUAGUACUACGAGUAUUGCACCCCGCAAUGGCGAACGACAACAACGGCGCAUUCGACCUUUGAAUCGAACACGGACCGAUCCCCCACAACGACCGCCCAAAAGGACUCUAUCGAGGAAUAGUCGUCGCACUCGUAGAGAUUCCGACGAUAGCGGGGAUCUGGAUGCCGAAGUGUUGUACGCCAUUGCACAAGCGCAAAACAGCAGCAGCAAAGAUGCACCAUCAAGCAGCAGAAAUGAUCGGGACGAAAAACUGCAGGCCAAGACGAGGCAAUUCGAUGCAGCCAAGGGGGAAACCAACAAGAAAUCAGCUGCUCCCAAAAAAACAACGGGCCCUCUGUAUCCCACAAUAAUUCCAGAAAAUGACAAGGGCAAUCUAGUUGCAGCAGAGGAUCUGGUGCCUCUGUACCCCUCACAACGAGAUGCGGCGCUGAAGAAGGAACCGCGAGCUGUAAGGCCCACAACAAAUAACGCUGUUGUGGGUGCUGCCAGAACCAAGACAGACCUCAACAACAACAAACCCAUUGGAAAGCGGAGGCUUUAUCCAUCGGUGCCAGACAACGAAUCGGACAAUCUGUCAGCAGCGGACAAGAUUGUUCCUCUGCCAGCAUCCAAGGAAAAGGUUGCCUACAAGAAACAAACCCAAAAGGCAACAAAUCCAGGUGCUGUAGGUGUUGGUGUUGCGACGUCCAAGUCUGUAGACAGACAGACCGGUCCUGCUACCACCGUCGCGGACAGUGAGUCAAACAAUCUGCGAGGUUCUGCUGAUUCCGAGCAGAGUGGGGAUGAAGUGGACCGUUUUGAAGACGACGACUUAUUGGAUGAGGAUGAGGAUGAGUUUGACGAUGAAGAUGAAGCUGAGUAUGACGAGGAGGAAGACGAAUCGGGGCGACCUGGUGCCUAUUCCGAAGCACCUGGUGGACACACCACACGAAACGUUGCCAUUCGACCUUCCAUCAUUAAUCGUGGCAGAAGCAACACACUUCACACCGAACACAGUAAUUCCACACUAGAUUUUAUGGAGGAAGACGAAGCGUCGUGGGACGACGAAGAUUCCUCCAUGAUGGAGGACGACGACGAAGACAAUCCACCGGGUGGAGACUACCUCGUCCAGGCCACUCUGGUGGAAGAUGACAGUCUUCGAAGAGAACCUUCCCGAGAUUCUGCCGACAUGGCCCCGUUGAUAGUGGCUGCCCAACCGGCCAGCAGUUCCCUGGAAAAUCUGCUAAAGAGCAAACGAGUUCUAGGAUGUGGUCUGUUGGCCCUCCUCAUUGUCGCAGGGUGUAUCACCGUGGGUGUCGUAUGUGGUACGGGCAAUUGUUCAUCAGCCUCCGUUGACAGAGACGGCCCCCCACAAAGUCCAUUCAUUGCGGUGCCAUCGGAUCCGCCAAAGGACCCUUCCACAGCAACUGUGUUUCCAAGAAAUGACACCACAACUCCUCCAACAGCAGACACCAGCAGUCCCUCCUCUCCCCCAACGGCUCAGAGUUCCAGCGCACCAAGCGCAAUUUUGGAUGUCUUGGAGGGUCUAAAUCUGCCCGAAUACACACGCAAUGCUCUCACGAAUCCGUCAUCCCCCCAAGCACAAGCGUAUGAUUGGCUGAGGGAGGACGCUGCAACCUACGGAAAAGAACGCCUUCUUCAACGCUUUGCGCUUGCCACCUUGUAUUACGGGACGCAAGGCGACAAUUGGAAUGCAAAGGAUGGUUGGCUUUCGCACUCUGAAAGUGAGUGUUCGUGGUGGAUGGGGCAGCCCGCGUCAAGGUUGCAAAAGACAUGCGACGAUUCAUCCAACUUGAAGCACCUCGUUCUGGAGCAAAAUGAACUCGCUGGGUCCCUGCCUCCAGAAGUGGGGUUGCUCUCUUCUUUGGAGUUCUUUGACCUGUCCGGGAAUGCACUCAGUGGGGAGUUGCCUGUUUGGGAUUCCCAGUCCGGAGACACCACGCUGAGGACACGAGUUCCCGCGACCAUGAUAGAAUAUCGUUUGGCAAGAAACAGGUUUUACUCUACCAUACCCACAGAAAUUGGUCUGUUGACAUCCCUACAAUCCAUUGAUUUACAACUGAAUUUCCUUCUUGGCAGCAUUCCACCAGAGUUGGAAAAUCUAAGCGACCUGAAAUUCUUUUCCGUCUCUACAAAUCCAGAACUGACCGGGACCAUGCCUUCGUCCCUGUGCAGCAUUGAGAACCUUCAUUUCGAGUGCUCCAAUGAUUUGUGCGGUUGCCAAUGCGAAUUUUGUAACUCGGAAACAGAAUCACCGACCGAGACACAAUCGCCGACCGAGGUAGAAUCAUCCUUGAGCUUUGACUGGGAUUUUGCCGAUUUUCUGGCUCUGCCACAAUACACAAGAGAUGCUCUGCAGAAUAGAUCCUCCCCUCAGUUUCGUGCCCAUGAAUGGGUCAAGGAGGAUUACAAUGCUGUACCGUAUGGCGCUGAAGAACUGCUUCAGCGAUUUGUUCUCGCUACUCUCUUUUACAGCACAGGUGGUGAAAACUGGAGGGAAAACGAUGGCUGGAUGUCACACCAAGUAAAUGAAUGUUCUUGGUGGAUGGGUAGUGCGGGCGUGAUGAAUGAUCGGUGGAUCCCAGAAGAAGUUUGUGAUCAGUCACGAUCCUUCAAAAUGCUGGGUCUUACUGAAAAUGGACUUGUUGGAACAGUGCCGCAAGAAGUUAGCUUGCUGUCAUCUCUGGAGCACAUUUACUUGUCUGGGAAUCAGCUCACCGGUCCAUUGCCUAUAUGGGAGUCUCAAUCUAGCCUGCCAUUCUUGCAGACGAUGUAUCUGUCUGGGAAUCAAUUGGCAUCUACAAUCCCUUCAGAAGUCAGACAUCUGACGUCACUGCAACAUCUGGACCUUUCUUCCAACAAACUUUCAGGACAACCGCCAUUGGAAAUUGCAGAGCUCAGCAAUCUGCUUGAAGUCAUCCUUGGAGAGAAUGCUGAUCUUUCUGGGACGAUCCCUGAAGAAGCGUGCAACGUAGUCUUGUUUGAUUGCUCAAGCAAGUUGUGCGGGUGUGACUGUCCCUGCACCCCAUCAGUGCCAAUGGAGCCAGCCAGUGAACCAGCCAGUGCACCGAUCGCUUCGGUGGAUUCCCUAGAGCUCCCACAGUACACAAGAGAUGCCCUGCAGAACACUGCAUCUCCUCAAUCAAAGGCAUAUGAAUGGCUGAAGGAUGAUUUCGACAUUGCAGGAAUUUAUGACGCUGAUCGCUUGCUCCAGCGCUUUGCUCUUGCAACCCUGUUCUAUAGUGCGGGUGGUGAAAGCUGGGAUCACAGGGGUGGUUGGCUCUCUUCCGACAACGAGUGUACCUGGUGGAUGGGUUCAAAAUCAGUUGGCUACUGGCCAGCUGAAGUAUGCGAUGAAUCAUCGUCAUAUGUCAUCAUGGUUCUAAUUGAGAAUGGUCUGGUUGGCACUAUUCCACAGGAGAUUAGCUUGCUAUCAUCUCUUGAACAGAUGCACUUGGAGGAUAAUCAGCUCAGUGGGAGAGUGCCUGUUUGGGAGUCUCAACAACCCAUUUUGGGGGCUUUGUAUCUUGCUCGGAAUGCAUUUUCAUCUACCAUUCCGACGGAGAUUGGGCUACAAAGUUCACUGUCAUUCCUUGACGUCAGUGCCAACCAGUUGACGGGUGCUGUACCACGAGAAAUUGGCAACCUCCGUGACCCAGUUGAAGUCAACCUGUUGCAAAAUGAUGGCCUUUAUGGAACCAUUCCCGCCUCCCUAUGUGGCAUUCCGUCUCUUAAAGUUGGAUGCUCAGAUAUUUUGUGCGGAUGUACAUGUCCCCCCUGUGUUGCUUCAUCGAUGGAUUCCAUGCCAUCAGUUAGUUCGCCACCAAGCGCGGGCCCAGUUGCUCCGAUUCCAUCGCUGUCCAAUGAUUCACCCCAAGAAACAAGUUACGAAUGUUUUGGCACGAAAGAUGAUUUGGACAUUGCGCUAGAUUCCGACUACGCAGACACCAGCGGCGACAUCUACAACUCGUAUGGGCCGAUUGAAAACUGGUGUUUCAAAGCAAAUGUGAACAACUUUACCGCGUUGUUCCUGAACAGAAGACUAACACACGACAUCAACGCCUGGGACGUAUCGAGUGUGCGCGAGAUGGACUACAUGUUUUGGAAUGGUGAAUACACCGGAUCGCUCUCUAGCUGGCAUGUUGCACGAGUAACAAGCAUGUCGGGUUUGUUUUGGAACACUAGCUCCUUCACAGACGACCUAAGCAGCUGGGAUGUGAGCAAGGUCAAAUGGAUGACCCAAAUCUUCGCAGACAAUUUUGCAUUUGUCGGGGAUGUAUCGACGUGGAAGACCUCUAAUGUAUUCUUUAUGGCGUCAGCCUUCGCCGGUGGCACGUUCAAUUCUGAUAUCUCUCAAUGGGAUGUAUCUUCUGCUGACAGCUUCAACGUGCUUUUUGCUGGGAAUCCCGCCUUCAAUCAAGAUUUGAGUAGCUGGGAUGUGCAGAGAGUGACCGACUUUAGUCUCACGUUUGAUGGGGCCACAGCGUUCAACUCCGACAUUAGUGGCUGGGAUGUGUCAAGUGGCAUGGACUUUUUUAAUAUGUUUUCGUCUGCGUUCGAGUUCAAUCAAAAUUUGUGCGGUUGGAAAAUAAACGCAGAAGCCAAUGUCACGGAAAUGUUUUCUAUGAGCAGCUGCGAAUCAGAGGCACCUCCCGAUCUUCUGGCAGACCCCAAAGGGCCACUCUGCGCUGAGUGCGAGGCGGGCAAUAUCUUCGAUAAUGGUUAG